AUGGAUAUCCAAAUAGAUGAGGAAAUUUUACAAAAGGCAAAGGAUUUGCAGAAAGCUAACGAAGAAGAAAUAAAAUUAAAAAAGUUAAAACCUUUGACAGAAGGAUUAUUAAAACCGAAUUAUAAUCUGUUAGAGAUAAGUGAAAAGGGGUGUAGAAGCAGAAUAAAAAUAAGGAAUGUGUUAAAUGUGCCCAAAAGUGAAAAUGAAUUUAAUGAUAAUUCACGAAGCAAUAAAUUUAUUGAUAAAGUAAUAACAGUAUGUGGCUGGAGUAAAGCAGUAAGGAAACAAGGUGGUGGGAGAUUCUGUUUUGUAAAUCUAAAUGAUGGUUCUUGUCAUUUAAAUUUACAAGUAAUUGUUGAUCAAAGUAUAGAAAAUUACGAAAAAUUGCUAAAGUGUGGUGUUGGAUGUUGUUUUCGCUUUACUGGACAAUUAAUUUUUUCACCUGUUCAAAAUGAAGGAAAAAAAGGAAUUUUAAAAGAAAACAUUGAAUUGACUUUAAAUGAUAACAAUGUACAUAAUUUUGAAAUUUAUGGAGAGAAUUUAGAUCCACAGAAAUAUCCUCUGUCAAAAAAAAAUCAUGGAAAGGAAUUCUUACGAGAAGUAGCUCAUUUGCGACCUCGUAGUUAUUUUAUCAGUUCAGUUAUUAGAAUUAGAAAUGCUUUGGCUACAGCUACCCAUUUGUUUUUCCAAAGCAGAGGAUUUUUAUAUAUUCACACACCAUUAAUUACCACUUCGGAUUGUGAAGGUGGUGGAGAAAUGUUCACUGUUACUACAUUAUUGGGAGAGGAUGCAAAUUAUAAUUCCAUACCUAGAGUUAAGGCAAAUAAGGGGGGAGGGAAGAAGGAGAAAAGAGAGGAAAUAUCAUCCAUUGCUCAGGGAAGCAAUGGUGAUGUAGGAAACGUAGGGAUUAUUUCAUCCCAAGAUCAAUAUUUGAUUGAUUACAAAAAGGAUUUUUUUAACAAACAAGCAUUUCUCACUGUGAGUGGGCAAUUAUCCCUGGAAAAUUUAUGUUCUUCUAUGGGAGAUGUUUAUACCUUUGGACCAACCUUUAGAGCUGAAAAUUCACACACAUCAAGACAUUUGGCAGAAUUUUGGAUGAUAGAACCAGAAAUAGCCUUUUCAGAUUUAUAUGACAACAUGGAAUUAGCAGAAUCUUACAUAAAAUACUGCAUCCAGUAUGUACUUAAUAACAAUUUUGACGACAUUUACUACUUUGAAGAAAAUGUAGAAAAUGGAUUAAUCAAUAGGUUAAAAAACAUUUUAAAUGAAAAUUUUGCAAAAAUAACAUACACAAAUGUUAUAGAAAUUUUGUUGAAAUAUUCAGAUAAAUUUGAUGUUCCAGUAAAAUGGGGUAUGGAUUUACAAUCAGAACAUGAAAGGUUCAUAUCAGAGCAAAUAUUUAAAAAGCCAGUUAUUGUAUAUAAUUAUCCCAAGGAUUUAAAAGCAUUCUAUAUGAAAUUAAAUGAUGAUCAAAAAACAGUUGCAGCUAUGGAUGUGUUGGUUCCAAAAAUUGGAGAAAUUAUUGGUGGUUCCCAAAGAGAGGAUAACUUAGAACUCUUAGACAAAAUGAUAAUUGAAAAAAAACUUAACAUGGAAAGUUAUUGGUGGUAUAGGCAAUUGAGGAAAUUCGGAUCUCAUCCUCAUUCCGGAUUUGGAUUAGGUUUCGAACGAUUAAUUAUGUUGGUGACUGGAGUAGAUAACAUAAAGGAUACUAUCCCCUUCCCUAGAUACCCUGGACACGCAGAAUUUUGA